AUUAUUAUUAGUAGGCCACCCAACGUACGCUGAGCGCUAUACCGUGCGUUAUUCUGGAUAUUUUGUUUAUUAUAUUUUUUAAGAAUUCGGGAAUAUACUUACUGCACUACUUUGAGAACAACGUUAAUUUUGUAUCUGUAUAUCAUACCGCAGUUAUGGUGACAAAUUUGAAGUAGGGAUGGGAUGUUGUAUAGAAGUUAGAUAAAUAUAGACUUGACUGAUAUUUGUUCAAGUUUAUUAUACCGUUAUUUGAAUACACAUUUAUUAAUAACACAAUACGGUGUAAUUGCUUGAAUCUGUUUAUACAAUUGUAUGUGAUAUACUGUGCGGUGUACCGUAUACAUUUAUUUUACGCUUUAUUGUUUGAAGUUUAGGGCUGAAACUUUUGGAUAUAAAUUCUUGAGCAAAUUCGUUAUUUCAUUUAAGAUAUUCGAUAGCUGUCAUUCACUGCAUUAAGUUCAUAACAUCGGCAUCAUAGUGCAAAUCGUAAAAAUUUAAAACAAAUUAAAAAUUGCUACCCAUCGAUAUCGUGUUAAUUGAUUUCUCGCAAAGGUUUAUGUUAUAGUCUCAAUAAAAACUAUUGUUCGUGUUUGUUAAAGUUAUUUGUUCGUUAUAUUCAAACAUGAAUAAAAUGACUAGCUCAGUGAAUUGUUUCGUACUUUUGCUGUUAAUUACAAUAAUUGCAUGUGAGGGAAUUCGUCUUCCCUACAAGCCCCCGGCUGGAAUUCAUGAAGAUGCUGCUUACUGGCGUAAAAUUGGUUUACAGACGCUCAAAAAGAGACUCAGUUCUUCAAAUGUGAAAAAUCUUGAAGAACACAAAGCUAAAAAUAUUAUAAUAUUUGUUGGCGAUGGAAUGGGUCUAACAACAAUAACUGCAGGUCGAAUUUUCAAGGGCCAGAAAUAUGGUGCCACCUAUGGAGAAGAAUCGUCCCUGGUAUUUGAUGAUUUUCCUCAUACUGGUCUAGCAAAGACAUAUAACGUAGACAAACAAGUUCCUGACUCAGCUGGGACCGCCACAGCAAUGUUUUGUGGUGUUAAGACUCUCUAUGGUGUCAUUGGCAUGGACUCGACUUGUGACUUUAAGGAUCCCGCCAAAGGACGCGUUCCAUCAAUAAUGGAUUGGGCACAAUCUGUGGACAAACGAACGGGUAUUGUGACCACAACUAGAAUUACACAUGCCACACCAGCUUCAACCUAUGCUAACAGCUACGACCGUGAUUGGGAAUGUGACUCUAUGAUCCCAGAGGAUGUCAGAAAGUCUCAUGUUGACAUUGCUCGUCAGCUAAUUGAACAUUCUCCAGGAAAGAACUUUAAUGUUGUUAUGGGAGGUGGACUUAAGCCAAUGGGUAUAAUUCAUGCCAAUGAAAAAAGAACUUGGAACUUUACCGGAGAUACAGAAAAAGUUUGUUCCCGUUUAGACGGAAGAAACCUUGUCGAUGAGUGGCUGCAAAUGGAAGCAAAUGGAAGUCGUACAUUUGUCCAGACUCGUGAACAGCUAAUGAAUAUGGACACCACAGAUAUUGAGCACGUGAUUGGUCUUUUCAGAAACAACCAUCUGACGUAUAAAAUCGGUGCUGAAGACGGUGAACCAGAACUAAAAGACAUGGUUGAACAAGCCAUAAAAGUUUUGCAUCGAACAAAAUCAAAUGGAUACGUACUUAUGGUCGAAGGGGGUCGAAUUGAUCAAGCUCAUCAUCAAAACUAUGCACGAGCAGCGCUCCAUGAAGUAUUGGAAUUUGAUAAGGCCAUAGAAACAGCCAUGCACUUGACUAGCACAGAUGAUACUUUAAUUAUAGUGACUGCGGACCAUUCUCAUGCAAUGACCCUAAACGGGUAUCCUAAGCGAGGCAAUGAUAUUUUGGGUUUUGCAAACAAGACUGCUGAUGGCAAACCAUACGAAACAUUAACCUAUGCCAAUGGCCCUGGCUAUGAUGUUCAUCGGCGAAAUACGUCUGCUGAUGGCUCUGUAACAAGUAAUUCAACGUGGAUUUCAGUUGAAGAUCUGGGUCAUCAACGCCAAGACCCAACCUAUCGCCAUAUGGCCACUUUCAAAUUGAAAGAUGAAACUCAUGGUGGUGAGGAUGUGAUAGUUUACGCAAGUGGACCAGGGUCAGAACUUAUACGAGGUGUAUUCGAACAAAAUUAUUUGGCUUACGUUAUGAGCUAUGUCGGUUGCAUGGGUCCAGCAAAGGACAUAGACGAUUCGUGUUAUCCUAAGACAAAUGUCAAACAGAGAAAACAAGGAAAAACUUCUGGUCAGGGAGUAAUUAGCCCUUGGAAGAUAAUAACAGCUUUAUUGUGUUUCCUAAGUUGGAGAAUUUAAGUAAUUUAUUUUAUGUUUUGGUAAUCUUGUGAAACAAAUCCCUCUUCGAAAAGUAAUUUUUAAAGAUACAUUCUGUUAAUUUUUAAACAAUAAACAAAUGCAAUAAACAUUUUA